UAUACGUUCACUCUCACAACUUCACGACCCACCUUUCAGCACCCUCUUCUUUGUCUUUAGCAUUAACGCCACGCAACUCGAAAUAUACGAUGCAAGCAGUGCGAUACGGCGUGUCUGAGUAUCCGAAGGAAGGAGAGAAGAAGAAAAUGUACAAAGAACCUGACACACCAUAUGCUGCCUUAUUGUGGAGACUAUACAUGUGGAUUACGACGACGUUCGCGUUGAGCGUGAUGGAGCCUUGGGAGAAGUUGCUCGUCAUAACUACAAUCGGCUUUAUCUUUGCACUAAUUGGUAUUGGGAUCGUGAGGUACAUGCCACAAUUUGUUGUGGAUUCAACGCAGAGGACACAAUAUUACCUGCUGGGAUAACAGGCUCGGGCAGAGUACGGUGCCUGUCCUUCGCUCGGUUUUGGACGGAUGACCGCGAAUUGACAAUUUCUAUCUACAUUAUUGCAACUUCCUUCGACAUGCUUUUCAUGGUGUAGACACAACUAUCUCCUCUUCCCUUGCAUGGAUAUGCCUUAGCUCAUCAACAAAUUUAUAUCCCUGUUGUAUUAUCACAACUAUUAGAAUGGCAUUUGCUAGCCUACUUAUGUAUUCAGGCCGAGUUAUUUACUGGUUUGUGCGAGUAGUCACUUCCCCAGGUCUUUUUUCUUUGGGUUCCAAGAGGUAUACUAUCCAGUCCAAUAUUCCUAGUACACUGUGUAAUACCUGCAGUGAUAGAGUUUCGCAGGUCAUCCAUCCAUCAUCAUCUUUAC